AUCCGGUCUACAGGAACCAGCGGUAGAGUAUGAUUAUUUGCCAUCAAGACAAUGAUCGGUGGAUGCGCCGAUAAAAGCUCACUCAAAGUCACUUGUUUACGACUCCCAAAGAGUUUCUCUUUCUCUCUCUGUCUCUGGCAAAAAUCAGUAGUGAGAGAACGGUGGUGGUGGCUAGUGUACGCCAGUUGGUAUAGUACGAACCCAACAACCUCCACCGUUUGAAAGGAGAUCUAUACUCCCCUGUCCCCCAGCCACCUAUACAUAUACAUUCCUAUAUAUCGAUCGAUACGCACACAUUUCUUUCUGUAAUUACAUGAUCACUUCACCACUGUGAUUCGGGUCGGGUUUCGGAUGGAUCCGAUGAUGAAUGACGGCGGAAGAGGAAUGUACAGCUAUGGCGAGAUAUGGCCGGGGUUUGCUAAUGCGACGUCGUAUGGAAAUGUGGGUAUGGAUCUAAUGAUGACUGACCACAGAUCGAAUAUUAAUUCGAGAAAGCGGCGCGACAGGGAUGAGCGUGUUAAAGGAGCUUCCAGUAGCAACAGCGAUGGCAAUAAUAGUAAUAAUGCCGUGAAUGAAGGAAAUAAUAAACGGUUAAAGACGUUGAGAUCGAAUGAAAAUUGUGAAAAUAAAGCAGAAGAAGAAGGGAAUUCAGGCGAGGAGGCAGAGCAGCCUACAAAAUUGGCCGAACCUCCAAAGCAAGACUACAUCCACGUUCGCGCUAGAAGAGGUCAAGCCACUGAUAGUCACAGUUUAGCUGAAAGAGCAAGGAGGGAAAAAAUAAACGAGAGGAUGAAAAUUCUCCAAGAUCUUGUCCCUGGAUGUAAUAAAGUUAUUGGCAAAUCACUGGUCCUUGAUGAAAUAAUUAAUUACAUCCAGUCUUUACAACGUCAAGUUGAGUUUCUCUCUAUGAAGCUUGAAGCUGUAAAUGAAAGAGUGAACCCCGGCAUUGAAGGAUUUCCUUUGAAAGAAUUUGCGCAGCAAACCUUUGAUUCUCUGGGCAUGACAUUUGGCUCACAAGCUUCAAGGGAAUACGAUAGGGUUGCAUCGCCAGAAUGGCUACAUAUGCAGAUUGGCGGCGGGUUUGAAAGAACGUCGUGAGUUAAUAAUUCUUAUCAAUUGCCAAUAAAAGCAUUGACAAAUAUUCAUUAACUGCAGAAUUGUACUCAUUUCUUGAAUCAGAAGUAUAUUUUAUUUCCAUUUCUAUCUGGUUUGAGCUUUUGUGUCAGAACAUUCUCCCUUACGUGUAAGGGAAAAUGGAUACAAUUGUAACAUGCUUCAUUAUUUUUGUUCGGUAUGAAAAAAUAAUUGCUCUGCGGUUUGCUUGGUAGUCGAUUGUACAAUAUUGGACAAUUUUAGAUAAUAAAAAUUCGCUAAAAUCUUUUUUA